AUGGUCUAUGAUCGCUUCAUGGCCAUCUGUCACCCCCUGCACUACCUGGUCAUCAUGAACCCCGAGCUCUGUGAACUGCUGGUGCUGGUUUCCUGGGUCAUCAUUGUCCUGCAUUCCUUGUUAGAAAGCUUAAUAGUGUUGCAUCUGGCUUUCUGCACAGUCUUAGGAAUCCCCCACUUUUUCUAUGAACUCAAUCAGAUGAUCCAACUUGUCUGUUCUGACACCUUUCUCAAUAGCAUGGUGAUGUAUUCUGUAGCUCUACUGCUGGCUGGUGGUCCCCUCAUUGGUAUCUUUUACUCUUAUUCUAAAAUAGUUUCCUCCAUACAAGGAAUGUUAUCAGCUCAGGAGAAGUAUAAAGCAUUUUCCACCUAUGCAUCUCACCUCUCAGUUGUCUCCUUAUUUUAUUGUAUGGGUUUAGGAGUGUACCUUAGCUCUGCUGUUACCCACAGCUCACACUCAAGUGCAAAAGCCUUGUGA